AUCAUACAUUCCAAAGUACAAUUUGCAUAAUGACGAUAUUGUAGAGCCUUGCGAUAACGAUUGUGUCUGCAAAUAAACGUUUUGUGUGUGAAAAAUAAACAGAAUCUAGCGCCAAUUUGUUAAAUAGAAAUAUAUCACCACAUUUCAAGAAUAAAAGCCAUUGCAUAGUUGCGCCAGCCUCACGCUAGAAAAGCCAAACAACGACAACCGAAGACGACGACGACAUCGCGACGGGGAGGCCGCGUUUCAAAAAUACAGCAUUUUAUUUGAAAGAGAAACUAACAAUAUGGGUGAAGUGAAGUCCGUGAAAGUUGACAACUGGGGCGUCUUCUUUCUGCAGAAGCUCCAGAAUUUCUUCAAUAAAACGGACUAUUGCGAUUUAACGCUACAGUUUCGGGACAAUUCACAACUGAAGGUCCAUCGCCUGGUCUUAAGCGCUUGCACCGAUUAUUUCAAUGUACUGGAGCAGACUUGCGAAAUAAUUGACGACGCACUCAUAAUGCCGGCAGAAUUUCAAGCGGAUGUUGUGGUGCCGAUUGUCAAUUUUAUGUACACGGGCACACUAGAGUUUGAGCUUAAAAUGUAUGGCAAACUGUUGCGCACCGCCAAAGAGAUGAACAUGACCGUAUUGCUGAAGCUGCUAGAGGCCCAUCGUCGCACCAUGGAGAAUGUGAAUCGCCAGCAAAGGCCACCCAGUCCGAAGGGUAUACGACGUCGCCCUAUGGUACCCAGCGGCAAUGCCAUGGCGGCACAGCAGCGUGUGUCCACACCACAAAAUCGUAUUGGUGCCAUACCAGGCAACAGCAACACAGUGCGUACGAAUGCGCAACAGACACGUGGCGUGAAUACACCCACAAUUCUGCGCACCGGCGGCAUUAGCAAUCGCGCACAGUAUAUGGAGUCAGCGUCGACGACCACGUUUGUCAAACAGGAGCCCACCUCGCCAUUUGAGCAGCUCCGCAAGGGUUACAACAAUAACAAGAGACCGGCACAGACCAGCCUGUUAUCGCCACCGUCAAAGAAACCAAGUUUGGAGGAGGUCAAGGAGUUUGCAGAACAGCAGCGCAUGCGCAAACAAAUUGCCGCCGAAUAUGGUGACCAUGGCGAUCCCGAAUAUGACAACAUGAUGCUGUACGAUGACGUGCACACCGGAGACGAUGACGAUGAUGAUAUGCCGCCACAGCCAUCGACAUCGAAACAACAACAGCAAACCCAGCAACAGGUUCAACAAUCCGGCACACAGACACAAAUGGAACAUGGCACAACAACCAUCAUACUCAAGCAAGAUUCCCCGAGCCAAACACCCACGAUUAUUGUCAAGGAUUCGUCCAACACAAAGCUGAAUCAUACUAAAAUCAUAGCCGAAGUGUUGCGUCAAUAUCCACACAUUGUGAAGGGACACAAGAAUAUCAAAUUGAAAAUAAUGCCCAACAGUCCGGUCGAUAAAGCAGCGAACGCUGUCAAACGUGCCUCACCGGCACCAGCCGCAGCAGCAACAGGUUCUCCAACCAGCGCUACUUCGCCACACAAGAAGCUCCAUGUUUCAUUCAAGCCAGAUAAACCCAUGAUAACCACACAGCAGCAAAAGUCCGCACAGAAAGUGACAACGGCUCAGCCGCCAUCGGCCGAGGCAACACAGGCAGCAGCAGCGUCCUCUACGACGGCAACUGCGGCAGCGGCCGCGCAAAAGCGACGCAUUGAUAGCAAGACAAUGCACGCGCUAAUUGCACUCGGCGCUGAGAACACCACAGGACCUUGGCUGUGUCUGCGUUGCGGCGUUAAUGGUCGGCCAAUUAGCAUUCCAUCAUAUCGUGGUUUCCGUCGCCAUUUGAUCAACACCCACAAGGAGACAAUUGAUCCGGCGCUAUGCGAGCAUUGUGGUUGGCGUUCCGGCAACAAUCGGGAGCUGCAUUUCCACAUGUAUACAGAGCAUCAAAUCAAAUCGCUGCUCUACAACUUUGCGGAAUGCGCCAUGUGCAACCAAACGUACUUGACAAAGAGCGAGCUGGAGCAGCACAUAAACGAGGCGCACACGGAUGAGAACAAGCAGCAGUGCAUUUAUUGUAACAAGGUGUUUGCGCAGGAGCUGCAGCUGUACAGACAUAUGAAGAGCUAUCACAAGGCACAGGCGCUUGAGGAUGGCAUCAUUGAUGAAACCGAUGAGGAAUAUCUCGGUUCACAGGACGAAGACGAACAAUUGGACGAUGAGGACCAGGAAGAGGAGGAGGAGGAGGAGGCAGAAGAGGAGCCAAUACAGGAGGAAAAGGUACGCAUUUUAUCCGACAUCAGCUUGCCGGCGAACAGUGCCAUGGUACAGCAACAGUCCCGAGAUGAGCAAGAGGAGGCCGAAACAGAAGCAGAUGCCGAUGCGGAGCAGCUGCUGCAGUCGCAGACUCAGGAGCAGGAAGUCAAAUUUGUCGGCGCCGAUGGCAAUGAGGUGGAGCUCACCGAGGAACAACGCAAGGAGAUAUUGUCACAGUUGAAUCAGCAACAAGCUGGCGCACCCAGCGGCGGUGUUGUCAUGGUGCUCAGUGAGCCCGAUGUCGAUGAUAAGCAGGAAGGCGAUGCCAAAUCCUCAGCGGGUACCGAAGAGGAGGAAUACGAUGACAGUCAAAUUUAUAGCGAACUGGGCGCCACCGGUUCUGUAGAGAGCAGCAGCAAAAAGAGCGAAGCGGCUGAUGAGAGCAAGGAGUCCAUGGAUAAUCUUGAAUGGGCCGAGAAUUUAAUAUCAAAGCACGAUCUGGAAACAGAGCAGAACAGCAAAGAACCAAAGGCGGAAAAGCGUCGCGAUGACAUUAGCGAGAAGCUUAAAGAGCUGACGGGUGAUUGGACCGAGGAUGAGAACGAGGAUGAGGAUGAUAUGGAUGACAAGCCCGCGACCACAGAACUAGCAGCAAUUGUACAGUCAGAACCUGUAACUGAGAAACAAACAGCAGCAGACGCUGUAGCAGAAGCUACCGAAGAGCAACCUGAGCCGGAAGAUGAUAUUGACUUGGCGCUAGAGAGCUUGCAUAAGGACGGUGACGAAACAGAGGCCGCUACUAAAGAUGCAGCAGCCGCCACCUCCAACACGGCCGAAAUAAUUCAAGCUGAGCCGGAAGCAGCUGUAAAAAUGGAUGUUGAUGGUUUGCAAACGAUGUCUAUUAAAGAUGAAUUCGUUGUGGUUAAAAAAGAAGAUGAUCCUGAGGAGGAAUUCAUCAAGGAGGAUGCGCCAACAUCACUCGAAACUGAAACAGUCGAAAACAUCAACAAUGAGAUCGCGGCAGAAAGCAUUGCUGAAGCUGGGCCUGCCACUGGAAUUGAUGAUGUCAAUUUAGAAACGGAAAAUAUUCGCAAAGUAUUGAUCGAUGAAUUAAUUGCUGAAGCGGAUGCGCCUGAUGCCGAUACGGUGGCUAGCGAACAGCCAGAAGAUGUAAAAGAGGUGCCGCCAACUCAGCUACCAGAGGUAGAUGAAUCAGAGGCGUUGCAACUUGACGCGACUAAAGCUGUUGUGGCUGCAGAGGAAUCAUCAGCAAAUAAUAACGAGGAAAAAGCAGAAGGCUCGCCGACGACGACGACAGCGGCAUCCGAUGCAACCGAGGAGAAACCAAGCACCAGCGAUGCAGUUGACGUUGAUGGAAAGCCACAGGCGCUAACAGGAACGCAGGAGAAAUUAAAGAGUCUCAUGAAUGAAUGGGUCGACGAUGAUGAUGACAAUGAUGAUGAGAAUGGGGUUAGUGCUGAGGCGAAGGAGCAACUCUAAUUACUAGAUUUAUUUAUGUUUUAAGUUUGUUUUCGAUUGCCAGUGCUACAGUAUGACAGUUGAAUGUUAAAUCAGCAUGGGAAUUGUAGCUUAUGCAUGAUUAUAUAUAUAAAUAUAUGUAUAACCAAUGAAUAGCUAUGGCAAAUCGAUUUUCGGUUUCGAUUGUAAAUUAAAAACUGUUUCAUUGACAUUUAGUUUGGAACUUGCACCGGAUUCACGCAACUUAUAUUAAUACAUAUAAAAAAUAAAUAUAGUAUAUUAUACAUAUGUGACGCAUAUAGAAACCCAA